GAGCAUUUUUAUUUUCAUGUGGAGAAUCAAUGCGAAACGAGCUGAAACAGUUUUUUGUUGUGCUAUUUUGUGUUUGUAUAAAUUUUUACAGGAAAAACAAAUAAAUUAAAGAUUAACGUGAAAAGGAUAUAUAUAAAGAAAACUCAAAAGUGCGGAAGUUAAUGAAUAAAAGCAAUUCUAGACGACAAUAGCUGUGUGAUUAUCUUUCCGUUAAGAAUCGGUUGACAAAACGCUGUAACUAAAGUACAAGUCCGAUAGCGGCAAGUACAUAUUGAAUCGGAAUCAAUUUGUUUGGAUAUCGUGUAGUUCUUAUUGUACGAUUAAGUGGGAUAUUUGUAAUAGUGAAUCACGCAGUAACAAUAAUAGUGGUGGAGAAAAAACUUAAUACAUCAUCGUGUCAUCGUGUUUCUUUGGUCAUCCUGUAUAUUUACUGGUGAUCUAGUAGGGGAAACGGAACAUUUGGAUUCGGAGUUCAGUAUAAACAGCGCAUUUUGCGCCAAGACCGAUUUCUGGAGUGCCAUUUGGGCUACACGUCCAAACUGCGAACGCGAAUACAUACAUAUAUAUCACGACAGUCAGUUGCGUACGCAAAUUUUGGAUUGCAUUUUGCAAAUAAAAAGAGGCAUUAGUUUUAUUACAAAGGGGACAACAAUCAGCUGGUGUAAAGGAUCACGAGUCGGUACUGACGGCGGCAUAUCCUUGUCCACUAUCACUAUACUAGCUCGUACACACACAUAAACAAAACACUCCAAUAAAAUGGGUCAAACCCUUUCCGAACCAGUCACAGCCAAAGAGUCUGCGUAUUGUCAGAAUGAAUUAUAUCGCGUCGGUUCCAGCUGCAUGCAGGGAUGGCGCAUCAACAUGGAAGACUCGCACACACACAUUCUUUCCCUGCCCGACGAUCCCGGCACAUCGUUCUUUGCCGUCUACGAUGGCCAUGGCGGUGCUACAGUAGCACAAUACGCCGGCAAACAUCUACACAAAUUCAUACUAAAGCGGCCCGAGUACAAAGAGAAUAUCGAAAAGGCUUUAAAACAGGCAUUUCUGGACAUUGACUAUGAGAUGCUGUACAAUGAGUCAUGGGGUGAGCAAAUGGCCGGCUCAACAGCAGUUGUUGUGCUCAUUAAAAAUAACCGUUUGUAUUGUGCCAAUGCUGGUGAUUCGCGUGCGAUCGCCUGCAUCAAUGGAGAGGUAGAGACUCUGUCGUUGGAUCACAAGCCAAAUAAUGAGGCUGAAACCAAACGCAUACACGAAGGUGGCGGCUACGUGGAGUUCAAUCGCGUCAAUGGCAAUUUAGCACUAUCGCGGGCACUUGGUGAUUUCAUAUUCAAACGCAAUGCCAAUAAGAAACCGGAAGAACAAAUCGUAACUGCAUAUCCCGAUGUGGAGACACGUGAAAUAGCAGCCGAUUGGGAAUUCAUUGUGCUGGCAUGCGACGGCAUUUGGGAUGUAAUGAGCAACAAAGAAGUCGUCGACUUUUGUCGAAAGCGUAUCGGCAUGGGUAUGUAUCCGGAAGAGAUUUGCGAAGAGCUGAUGAAUCAUUGUCUCGCGCCCGAUUGCCAAAUGGGCGGCCUGGGUGGCGACAAUAUGACUGUUGUGCUGGUCUGUUUUCUACACAAUAAACCGUACGAAGAACUGAUAGCGCGCUGUGCUAAAAAUAACAAUAUGAACGGCAGCAGCGGCAACAUAACCACAACAUCGUCUAUGGAUGAGGAUCAUCUCGAUUUAAAAUAACAAAACUUCACCAUCUUUUCCAUAUUCAAUGCUAGUAGAGCAACAGCAGUAGAAACCGCAGUGCCAACAACUGCAAUACCUGGCAAUUCGACAGUCGACCAUGCAAUAACCACCACCACUACUACACGCAAUAAGCUGGCUACCGUUAGAGCUGAGAAAAUUUCCAAUCAACUAAGAAUUGCGACAAGCAUCAUUAAGAGCACGAAUUAUAUUUUUCGUAAAAUCUACAGGUUGCGUUACUUAAUAAUUGUGUUCCUUAUGUUUAUGACCUAUGCAUAUCUAUAUUUUUGUAUUUAAAAUUUUUAAAAUUAUUUUUGCCAAAAGCGACGCUUCGUACGACAGAUACGCGAGGCCGUCGCAAAUUAAAUUUCAAGGAUUGUGACUUUUGUUGACUGCAAAUAUUAAAACUUAACUUCAAAUUGUAACUACAUACAUACACGAUUUCAACCUACUCUACGAAUGCUUUUAUGGUACAGACAUACACACACACACACAUACAUAUAUAUAUAACAUAAAUAAGUAAUACACAUAUUAGUUAUUGCAACAUUCACGGGCGAUAGUAUUGGAUGUUCUUGUUUGUUUUUCCAUUUCCUCUCUGUUUGGCAAGCGUUUAGAAAAUUGAUGAAAAAAUUGUAAAAAAUAUAUUUCUAUUGAUAAUAUUGUAUUGUAUUGUAUUGUAAAACCUAAAACUAAAUUUAAAUCGUAGUUAAAACUUUUGUGCAUAAGAAUUAGUCAACAUAAUUAACGAUGUAAUCAUCAAACAUACAUACAUAAAUACACUUAUAUGCUGGCAUACUGGCGUUAGUUACUGUAACUGUAUGAUUCAAAUAAGAUAUUAUUUCGUUACAAUUUUUAUUUUGAAACACUUACAAAUUACUUUAUGUGUGAGGUCGAGUUAUUGACUGAGAUGAAAUAAAAAUUUAGUUAUAUACUUGAAAAUAACAAUGA